GGCCCGCAGACCGCAGCAAGCCGGCAGCCCGCAGAUCUUUUACACGCACCAAUACUACAUUUCCCACAAUGCAACGGUGACGCACCGAGCAGUAGGCUGCUUCAUUUCAAUAUUUAUUGGCACAGCAGUCGUCAGCAUCACAGUAAAAUUAACUUUCAGAUACCCAUCAAAAAUGGCAAAACGGAAGGUGGACACUGAGAACCGGGGGUUUCAAACAAGGUGGGAGUCGGAGUAUAUGUUCACGGAGGUAGCUGGAAAACCUGUGUGUCUUCUGUGUGGAGAAAGUGUGGCGGUACUGAAAGAGUAUAAUCUGAGACGACAUUAUGAAACGAAACACGCGGACAAAAACAAGAAUAUGGACAUGGAACAAAGGCUACAAAAGGCAGAGGAAUUAAAACGAGGCCUCAAAUCUCGACAGGCUCUGUUCAAAAAAGCCAAAUCACAAGGCCAGGCUGCUGUCAAGGCCAGUUUUAUUUUGGCAGAAGAGAUCGCUAAAUCAGCCCGGCCAUUUACGGAGGGGGAUUUCAUCAAAAACUGCAUGAUUAAAGUUUGUGACGAAGUUUGCCCAGAAAAAAGGCAACUCUUUUUAAAUGUGAGUCUGAGCAGAAACACCAUUGCCGAGAGAGUAGACCAGUUGUCCAUCAAUCUAAAAGAGCAGCUUGUGAAAAAGGGAAAAGAUUUCAUUGCAUAUUCCUUGGCUGUGGAUGAGAGCACCGACAUUUCUGACAUUGCCCAGUUGUCAAUUUUCAUCCGCGGAGUGGACUCCAGCCUAAGCGUGACAGAGGAGUUUUUGGCUUUACGUCCUAUGCAUGGCACAACUACGGGGCAUGAUUUGUAUGAAGAGGUGUCAAGAUGUGUAAAUGAGAUGGAGCUGCCUUGGGAAAAACUCGUGGGUUUGACAACCGACGGAGCACCUGCGAUGUGUGGACACAGGAGCGGACUGGUGGCGAAGAUACGGGAAAAGAUGCAAGAGGAAAACGCGACAGGUGAGCUGACAGCUUAUCAUUGUAUCAUACACCAGGAAGCGUUGUGCGGUAAAGCCUUGAAAAUGGAGCAUGUAAUGAGCAUCAUCACGCGCACAGUUAACUUUAUCAGAGCCAAAGGUUUGAAUCACCGCCAGUUCAAGGCAUUUCUGACGGAGUUAGAAACGGAGCAUGGUGAUUUGCCUUAUCACACAGAGGUGCGAUGGCUAAGCCAGGGAAAGGUGCUUCAAAGAUGUUUCGAGCUUCGUGAGGAGAUUUGUCUGUUCUUGGACAGCAAAGGGAAAGACACAACACAACUCCGAGACGAAAUGUUUCUGUGUGAAAUGGCUUUUCUGUGUGACAUUACGAGUCAUCUGAAUGCAAUGAACUUGCAGCUGCAGGGUCGGGAUCAUGUCAUCUCUGAUAUGUACAGUACAGUGAAGGCAUUUAAAACCAAACUGACUCUGUGGGAGACGCAGAUGCGGAAAGAAAAUUUGAGCCACUUUCCCAGCUGCCAGACCAUGAAAGAGAAGCUCUCUACCAGUGCGUUCCCGAGCGCACAGUUGGCUGAUAAAAUAGGUAUGCUUGCCGCUGACUUUCGACGCCGAUUUGCUGACUUUGAAGCACAAAAAAGCAGGUUGGAACUGCUCGGUAACCCAUUUGCUGUUGACGUGGAAAGCUCACCACCAAACCUCCAAAUGGAGUUGAUUGACCUCCAAUGCAAUGAUGCACUGAGGGCAAAAUAUGCGGCAGUGGGUGCUGCGGAGUUCGCCCGUUUCCUCCCCGACACAAUGCCCCAGCUGCGCAUCCAGGCUGCUCAAACGUUGUCUAUGUUUGGCAGCACAUACCUGUGUGAACAACUGUUUUCUUUGAUGAACCUGAACAAAACAUCACACAGAAGUCGACUUACUGCUGAACACCUCCACUCAAUUCUGAGGAUUUCCUCAGCUCAGAGCCUUACCCCGAACAUUGAUGAACUUGUGGAAAAGAUGGGACACCACCAAGUAUCACCCUCAACCUCAAACAAGUGA